CCAAGCUGUUUAUCCCUUACGGAAAAGAUCAACGAACGUAUCGCCCAGGUGAACAAACUUCCUGAUUCAUUUUUGCCCGAGUUCCAUCAAUAUUCCAAAGAGACAUACGAAAAUGGUGGUUCGCUUUUGAAGAAACGAAGACGCCGCCAUUGCAACAAUUUCGGUGGCGCUGCCAACGGUGAGGAUGGAGAGGAUGAAAACGGCGGAAAUGGAGGUAUAUCCGCUGCGGAACUGCGACGUCAAGUUCAUAUUCAAUCUGAACAGAAAAGAAGAGCACAAAUCAAAGAUGGCUUUGAUGUUCUGCGUCAACACUUGCCGGGUUGUGCUAAUAAGAAAAUGAGCAAAGCUGCUUUGCUACACCGAACAGUUCAACAUUUACAACAUUUAAAGAAGAAUCAAGCUUCCAUUUUGACAGAAAUAGAGCGAUUAGUUCAGGAGAAUGAGAAACUGAAG